AAAUAGAGUAGAAAAUACAAGUCAAGGGAAAUAUUUAAUUAACAUUUAGUUUUAUGUAUCAAUGACUUGUGUGAAAUAAAUUUAUCAUGCAAUAUAAAAAAGUUACUCACGUUCUUUUCGAUUUAGAUGGUCUUCUCAUAGAUUCAGAAAAACUUUAUACAGAGGCUUUUGAAACCGUAUGCGCUAAGUAUGGAAAAACCUUUACUUGGGAAAUUAAGUCAACUUUAUUAGGUUUUCAAGGUUAUGAAUGUGCUGAUAAAAUUAUUGAAACUUUAAACCUGCCACUGACAAGGGAUGAGUUUAUGGACGAAUGCCAAAAAGUGUAUGAAAAAAUAUUUGUCAAUGUACAAUUAAUGCCAGGGGCACAGAAACUAGUUGACCAUUUGCACAGUAAAGGAGUCCCAAUUGCAUUGGCUACAAGUUCAAGUGAAAAUAGUAUUGAAAUGAAGAUGCAGAAUCACAAAUCAUUUUUAAAGUAUUUCCAUCAUCUUACAAUGGGUUCCUCAGAUCCUGAAGUGACUAAAGGCAAACCUGAUCCGAUAAUAUUUCUUGUCUGUGCUUCUCGAUUUCCAGACAAACCAAAACCUGAGAAUUGCCUAGUAUUUGAAGAUGCUGUAAAUGGUGUAAAAGCAGCAUGUGCAGCUAACAUGCAAGUUGUUGCUGUGCCAGACCCACGCAUUGAUAAAGAGCAACUUAGGAAUGCUACAUUAGUCCUGAACUCUUUAGAAGAAUUUAAACCAGAACUUUUUGGUCUUCCAAGCUAUGAUUAAAAUAAUCAAAGGGUAGUAAUUACCUGUAAGUAUUAUUUGUAUCUACAAUUUCUAUAUUUUGUUAUUUAACUGUACACUAAAAAAAUGCAGUCUUUGAAAGUAGUAUAUUCUUGUUGUUUGCUUAAAUAACAUUUAUAACAAAUUGUAAAUAGUACAAGAAAUAAAUAGCUUUAAAAAAGCAAGUGGUAUAGCAAUGAAAUGUAUAUACAUGUAAUAUACUUGUAGUAACUGUACAGGACUGUAUAUUUUGACUAUAUAGUGAAACAUAUAUAAUUAGUGCAAUCUAAGUUGGCCAGGCUAAAUUAAUUAUAUCAUUGAUGGUACCAAAACAUUUUGUUAUUUUUCAUUGGUACAAGUUUGUUUUACCUAUUCUGUGUUUUGACUGGUGUUGUGAUGCUGUAUUCAAUAACCACACCUAAUUUCAGACUGAAGUCAUAGUAUCCGGUGUGUCUGAAUCCAAGAGACCUUAAACU